AUGUCAAGCUUGAUAGAUUUGGUUCUAAACCAGACUAGCUCAGAUAAUGAGAUCAGAAAGAAUGCAGAACUUCAAUUCAGCCAAAUAGUCAAGCAAGAUCCAUCUAAUGCAACUCAAACAAUUUUGGAGCUGGCUCUCGAUACAUCGCUUCCACUAGACGUUAGACAGGCAUGUUUAUUACAUUUGAAACGAUUAGUACCUCAGUAUUGGUCAAUGGGGUUUGAAUCGUUUAUUGGCCCUCCAGUAAAUCAAGAGCCAAAACAAUUAAUAAGAUCAAAACUAUUACAGUUAGCCACCUCUGCCCCUGAGUCGAAAAUUCGAAGCGGCGCUGCCUAUGCUAUUGUUCAGAUUGCUUCUGUCGAUUAUCCCGAUGAAUGGCCAGAAUUGAUAAACGAAUUAUACAAUGCCACUACACAAUUCCAAAACGAGACAGCUUUACUUGGUGGAUUACAAGUGUUGACUGAUUUAUUUGAUGAUUUGAUUACCGAAGAACAAUUUUGGGAAGGCGGUGUCGGUAAAGAAGUAGUUGGCCAUUUGAAUAAUAUCUUGAGUCAAAGUUUGGCUGCUGAAGUCAAGACCCAGGCAAUAAAGUUAUACGAAAGUGUGUUGGCUAUUUUAAGAAGCCCAGAAGCGUUUACAACCGACGAAAGAAAACAAUUUGUUCUUAAUGAAAUUACAUCUACAAUUCAAGUUUUGAUCCAAUUGCUUUCGCAAAGAGAAUUGAAUCUUGUUGACUUACAUUUACGAAGUUUCAUUUACAAGAUCCUUGCUGCCAUCAUUAGCCAAUUCCACUCCAAACUUGCUCUCGAAGUUAAGCGAACGAUAUUGACAUUAGCUAUUCAAGACCUCCAUUACCUUGCACCAGUUUAUAGCAAAGUUGCAUUGAAUGGGAACCAUGGAUUUGACGUGUCUUCCGAAUUGGAAGUUUCGACAGUAUUCAACAAUCUCCUUGACGAAUUAUUUCAAACUAUCAAUUCCAUCCAGCACGAUAUCCCUAUUAACAACGACCAAUUCGUCCAAGAUUUGAUUGUCUGUGCAGUAUUACCAAAUGAUAAAUUAGAAGAAUACGACCUCGACUUGAAUGCCUUUGUCAGCGACGCAACUGGUUUAAACGUCAACCCAACUGUUCGUGAUUCAAUCUAUGAUUUGUUGACUGAAUUAAAUCCUAGCGAUGCUGCCACUUGGUUCAAAUCCAUAUCCUCGCAUCUCAAUGACGAUAAUUGGAGAAAAUUAGAAGCACAGUUGGCCAUUCUCGAAGGCUUACUUGGUAACGACGAGGAGUUGGAAGAUCCAGGAUUGUCUGUAUUCACAAGAUUUAUCACUAACCAUAACACAGUAAUCACUUCCAGGUGCUUCUUAUUAUUGCCUAAAUAUUUUGAAAAAUUCUCCAAUCCAAAUGCAAAGAGAGUACUAGUUGAUAUGAUAACAUUUGCCGCAAGAAGCGUGCCAAGAAUUAAGGUAGCAUCCCUCAUUAGUUUCACAUAUUACAAGCAUGUGAUGGAAUUGACUACCUUGGAUAAAUCAAUUCAACCUCAGCUUUUCAAAAUUGUCUAUUCUUUGAUUGAAGAAUGUGAAGAAGACGGUCUUCCGGUUUUGUUAGAGGCAAUUGGUGAUACCAUAACUAUAAACCCUAGUUAUGCUUCGGCAGUUAGCAUCAGCCAAGGUGUCAAUGUUAUUGAUCUAAUAUUCAAAAUUGCAUUCAAAGAUCCUGGUAAUGUACAAUUGAUUACUGAUAGUUCGGAAUGCUUGACAGCCCUGUUGGAAAACACAAGUGUCCAGGAUUAUAUGAUUGCCUGUGAAAAGUCGUUGCCAUUUAUUUUCAACAUUAUGCAAUCCUCUAAUGGCGAUUAUACUCCUGAGUUGUAUUUGUCUUUGGAAUUGCUAAGCAUCAUAAUUAAAUCAUGCCCUGGAGGUGAGUUACCAGCGCAAAUUUUCUUGUAUGCAUUCCCAAUAUUGCAAAAAAUAUUGCUCGACUCGUUUGAUAAUCAGAUAUUGCAAAGUGGGGGUGAAGUGUUUAAUGAGUUGAUCAAAAAGGGAUCCAAAUCAUUUCUUGAUUACAAAGAUCCAGAAACCAAAGAGUCGGGCAUUGAUUGUAUGUUGAAAAUUGUGUCCAAGUUUUUAUCACCAGAAUUAUCUGACAGUGCUGCCAACAAGUGUGGAUCCAUUGUAAUUUCGUUGAUUGACCAAUUCCAAAAUUAUUUGCUGUCGGAUUUUUUGACUCAAAUUUUAGAAAGUGCCGCCAACAGAUUAGUCAUUGCCAAGGAGACAGCAACCAUUGAAAAUUUGGUUAUGGUGUUUUGCCAGUUGGUUUUAAAAUCUCCAGCGGAAAUGAUUGACUUUUUAAGCAAUAUGCAGUUGCAAGGACAGUCUGGAUUAGCGGUUGUGCUUCCAAUUUGGUUUGAUAGUUACGAAGUUACCAGAGGAUACGAGCAAAUCAAACAGAAUUCAUUAGCGUUGGGUAAAAUAUUCAGUUUGGGAGAUGCAAGAGUCGAGAAUUUAGUGGUUAAUGGUGAUAUAAUCCCUUACAAUGGUGAUUUGAUCAUUACAAGAUCAAUGACACAGACAAUGCCCGACAAGUUUACUCAAAUAUCUGCAUCGUUAAAAAUCUUGAAAUUGUUAGUUAGUGAAUUGCAAUUUCAAUGUCAACAACCUAACGCUGAAGAGUAUUUGCCUGCACAAGAAGACGACAAUGACGAUGGAUGGGAGGAUAUGGACGACAUUGGAGUUCCUAAUUUUGAAAAACUAAAAAGUUAUAUCAACGAUGACGAAAAACAUGAGGCUGAUGAAGGAUUGAAGAAUUUGUUGACACAAUUUUUCCGUGAAUGCACAGCUAAAAACUUAGGAGACUUCCAGAGAUACUACGAGGAAUUAAGUGACGACGAAAAGAAAGUGAUCACUGAAAACUUAAUUUUCUAG